GCGUCGUUCCACGUGCUCGAUCGAUUCGACGCGAAUCUUUCUUUCACAUCAUGAUACUACACGUGCGCGUAAACAUACAAGCGAUGUGCCGCGCGAUCGGUGAUCUCAUUUCCGCACAAAGGUGCAUUCUUCCGGUAACCUUUUUGUUGUCAAUGAUGCUGACCAAUUCCGCGAAGUCGAAAUAGAGCAGAUUACCAACUAGGCGCCAGUCUGUGAGACAGCUUAAAUAAUUCAACACUCUCAUGCAGGUGUGCGUUCUAGCAGAAGACGAGAUUAUUCUGAUCGAACAUCUACCAGGACGGCGGGUGCAUCUGCAAGACUUUUUCUGGACCGGUCUGGAAGAUGCGCCGCCAUGGGUGGAUCCUAAUCAGGGCUUAACAUUUUACGAGACAAAAACGAUUGUUCAUACUGUCACAGUUUACACUCCAAGUGACGAAAAAAGUCCAUCAGAUCCUAUAUCACCUCAUCGUCCAGAUACUUACAAUCCGGAAUGUAUCACAUGCAUAGAACCGACACCUAGGUUGGACGAUGAUCAAAGCAUCGGAGUUCUUAUCGGAGAUGAUCCAGGUCAAAGAUAUUGGCUGUUGACGGUUCUUCGACCAGGUGAAGCCGUGCCGCCCAAAGUCGAGCUUCGGUUAGCUCGCUUGUAUCGAACCGCGUUUUCCAGACAACAACAACGUCAUCUUGGUCUACUAUCGACGGAUCCACGAUCGCAAAGAGACGCUUUAUUACGUGGAUUAGUUGGCCGAAAGAUUAUACCGGAACAUUUUCAAACUUCGUCUCGAGCAAAAGUCCGUCAAGAAGAUGUUUCCGUCAGCGCAACUAAAGUUCAAUCAUCCAAAUUAACCGUCGAUAAUUUAUCGAUUCACGAAGAAACUAAAACGAGCGUUUCGAACUUAAUCGACGACAACAAAUUGUAUUUUCCAAACGUUUCGCAAAUCAAGUCCAUGAGAAUGAUCGAAAUUCCCAGGCCGAAGACAAAGUUAUUCCCGACAUUCGAUGUUGAUGCAACAGAGGAUCUCGAAAAACCUACGAAGGAAGAUUUCGCUCUGAAAAAGAUCAUCAAGACAUUAAAAGGAGAUACGAAAUCCUUACCUUCGGAUGAUGAACCUACAACUAUCGCUCUAACAUAUAUCGAUAAAACUGAUGAUUUCAAUGAGCAAAUCCCGCGGGAAUCGAUGCCGAUGUCUAUAGAUUUGAAGUCUGAUUCAAAGUUCAAAAUCGAUGUUAUUUCCAACCGAUCGAAGGACAACGAGAGAGAAGAUAUACGUUCGAGACUUCGUUUAGUAGAUGGCUCGAUUCCGGGGAUCGUAAAGGUCAGAAUGCAAAAUAUGAGCGUUAUUGAAGGAGGUGCGAUGAGAUUGAUCUAUUCGGUUCAUCUCGACGAUAAGCCUGUUCCCGCUGAAACGGCCGCGAGGGACAUGGCGCUUCUCUCACCCCAGGAGGUCGCCCUGGAACUUGGCGCACCGGUGAUUAUUCAAAGCGAGCCUUAUUUGAAAGAGAGUCGACCUCUAGCUCUAUCGAGAAAACGAGAUGCCUGGCUGCUGCUGAUCGGUGCAGUUAGCGCUGGCGUUAUUCUUCUAAUCUUUGUUCUCAUUGGUUUGAUCUUGGCCGCCAAAAAAAAGAGAGCACAUAGUGCUGCCGUUGCGCCGCCGAAUAGAAGUAUCCUUAAGAAAGAACGCGAAUAUGCAGCCACGACACCUGGUCUCGAUAACGCUGCAUUUUCAACAUCGGAAACCGAAAUUAAGACGGACGGUACCAGUCAGCGACAAACUCCGCGAACUUUAUCCAGAACUCCGAUCACCCCCGAUACGCCUGAUAGUCUAGAAUUGGGCAUUCACGAAGUUUCCAGCGACGACGAUGAGGAACCGAAAAAGAUUCGCGGUUCGACUUCUUGGGGUAUUCAAGAACAUUCAGCUAAGAAAACAAGAAUAACAAGAACGAAUGCAAUGGACCAGCCCAGGACACCGGAUUCGCUGACCGAUCAAAUAGCGACAUUAGAAUCUUUGGAAAAUGGUUAUGUAAAACGGGAAGAACCUACCGCUUCGCCGCGAUCUUAUUUGUCGAUGCCAUCGUGCAAACAAUUCCCUAGCAUGCGUACCGUGGAACCGCUGUCAAGAGUGUUGGAACCUGUCAUGGUCAGACACUUAGAUAUCGAUUCUCCGGAAUUAGUGCGUCGUGAUAGAGACGGUAAUAUCGACGACAUAUUUCUCGCGAGAACAUCGAGUGACUCGAAGGAUCCUGGAGCGGUAGGACCGAUCGUUUGGAAUCUUAGUAAACAGUUGUUCUCGACAGAAGGUAAUGGUACAUCCGAAACGGAUGUCGAUGGAAUGUAUCAUCUACCAUCGGGACCCGUGGGUCGCGCCAGAAGAAGACUCCACGAACUCCUCGAGGACUCAUUCAGUCUCUUCGGAAGCAGAGAUGUCAAGAUCAAAGAGCCGCAAACGUCACAACCAUCGACUUCCUUUGCACAAACGGCGGAUACACUCGCCAUACUGUCGGAGACGAGAGGCAAAUCCGCCCACGUCAGUCCAGUAGCAACACCAACAAUGGAGAUAAAAGCAAGACCACGUACAUCGUUACCACGCAGAGAUCUCGACGAGAAGAUUCCAGAGACAGGUCAAGCUGAACAAAUUCAUUCGCGCAAUGCCUGGGGUUCAAGGCCACUUAGCGCAGGUCCGUUUCACAGACCAAACUUACCGGAAGUAGAUACUAGGCGUAUAUUGACGGACAGCAGACUUCCACCAGAAGAUCCUGCGGUACCCUUGAUCGCGUCGAUCAAGAAGGAACUCGAAAAGUUUUCGCCUCAAUAAAGCGCACGAACAUAAAUAGA